AUGUUGUCGACUGAGAAACAUGAGAACCCAACUGACCAGGAUGUGAUCAAGAAACUGUGCCUGGUCAAUGGGGUGUCCUAUGAAGAAAUUGUACAAGAAGGAAGCAACGUCAGAUCACUGGAGAUCUUCUUUUCUGGUUUCCCCCGCAUGGUCGGGCUCUCCUUCUUUCCAAGCCUCUGCCAGCUUACCAUAGUUGACCAGAGUAUAAAAAACAUUAAGGGACUUGAAAGCUGUCCCUUGCUCCAGCAGCUCUGGAUAGUCCAGUGCCAUCUCACAGAAAUAUCUGGACUAAAAAACUGUAAAAAGCUGGAGAAACUGUACCUUUAUGAUAAUCAGAUCUAUGAAAUCAAGAAUUUAGAACUGCAGGUCAACCUAAAGGUUCUAUGGCUAAAUAAUAACUGCAUAACAAAGAUACAGGGUUUGGACACUCUUCUAAAGGUUAAGGAACUAAACCUUGCUGACAACAUAAUUGAAAAGAUAGGACGCAGCCUUGAUCCAAAUAUUAACCUUGAAAUUCUCAAUCUGUCUGGGAACAAGAUCAGCUCCUUUAAGGAGCUGGCCCACCUUGCCCAUUUGCCCCAACUAAGAGAGUUAGCACUGCAGGACCCCAUGUCAACACCAAACCCAGUAUGUCUGCUGCCUAACUAUGACAUACACAUUAUUUACCACAUGCCAGGCCUCCAGCGACUUGAUAGCUACGAUGUCUCUGGAAAGGAAGUCAAGGAAGCAGCUGAGACUGCAGUUAUGAAGAAAUUGAUGUACUACAACAUGCGUGUACGCACUGUGAAGCGGAACCUCACAGCUACUCAGAUGAGUCUCACAGGAAGGAAGAACACUCUUUUACAGUUUCCUGAAGAAUCUAUCAGAACCCUCAGUGACGCCCUCAAAAGUCUUGAACGUGAGCUCUCCAUGGUGCCACUUGGUUGCAAGAAAUCUGAGCGCAUGUUGGAUGAUGAACCAGAAGCAGUAACCCACCAAGACGGGCUAACUGGAGAAACUGAUACAACCACUGACACUGACAUCUCUUGUGAUCCUGAUAUGGUGCAUAAAAUACACCGUAAGAUGGAUGUACUGAAGGGAAGGCUGAAACUAUGGAUCGGGAGGAUGGAUGAUAUUAAAGCCUGGUAUGAGCAAGAAUUGGCCCAAGCUACAAAUCAGAUGGAGUAUAUGGUGCAGUUUCUAGUGAUGGAGUUAGAAAGUGUUGGAAACAUCCGUUUAGAGGAAGGAAGCUCCACAGACCCUUGGUUUACCUCCUGCAGUGACCUGCUGAUUUCCCGCUUUGCUCCUUCAGACGACCAGAGUCAUAGCAUUAUUAACAUUAAGGUCGAUAGAGUUUUCCGUAUCCACAACAGUGCUUUGAAGCUUCGCUUUGAGGACAAGCUUCAUAGCCUGCUUUCCAGUGAAGACUCUACAAGCUUUUCACAGAAUUACAGACGCCAACUCGAGUAUUUAUUCUACAUACCUGACCCUGAAAAAUGUGAGAAAGAAGAAACUUUGCACAUUCUUGAAGAAGGCUUCAAAACAACAAAGCAUCAAAAGGCGUCUGGACGAGAGGUUGCUGUACCUUUAUCCAAUAGUUUGGGUGUGACUGAGCAGCCCAGAAUUGAUUAUGUGCUGCACCAGGCCAGCCCAGCUGAGUACAAGCAAAGUAUGAAUAUCAUCCCUUUCAGACACGGUCAGGUUCUACUCUCCAAAGUUUUUGUGGGUAAAAGCAAGCCUAUUCGUGAUGAAACACAGGUGGAUAGAAGCAACGACCCUGGACUCUGUUCUGUGUUUCAGAAUAUGGAUAAACCCUGCUCAAACAAAACACUUGCAGGCUCUGAGGGCAGUCUCUGUCGAAGGCAGUGGUUUGUAUUUGAGCAUGAGCUGGUCCUACCAGAGUACAUCAUAUAUUUUGAGUACAACAUUGAGGCUAAAGACCAGGCUGCACUGCCAGACAGAGAUGCUAUGCCUUCCUAUGACAUGGACCAGGCAGUCCUCAACAUGGAACCCAUCCUGAAACGGAAACCGAAACUUUUAGGGUUGAAUGAUGAAAUUCUUCUUAAGAUGGCCAGAGCUAAUAUCCUCAGUCAGAUCACUGUGCUAAACCUCCAUGGCAACAGUCUGAGGAAAAUAAAAGAGGUUUCCAGCCUUGUAGCUUUAAAACAUCUCACCAUCAGCUUCAAUGAGUUCACAAACCUUGGUGACAUUCAUAACAUGCCCAACCUCCAGUUUUUGGAUGCGAGCUUUAACCAUGUUGGGACAUUAGAAGGACUAAAGGGUUUGCGAAAACUCAAAGAGCUCAACGUGUGCUGGAAUAAGUUGACCAAAGCCAAAGAGGACGUGUUAGUGCUUAGAAAACACACCCCUGCUUUGCUGAAACUAGACACCCGAUACAAUCUGUGGAACCGGCCAGAGGAAGUCAAAAUAAUCAUAUUAGGCCGUCUCAAGACCCUGACACACCUGGAUGGUGUUCUAGUAACAGAGGAGGCUGCGGAAGCUGCUCAGAUUGCUGCUACAUCCAAAAUUAACCAGGCAUCUCUUCUGGCACACAGUCGUACCAACAGCAACCAUCCCAGAAGUCUCAGUUUGCUGUCAACAGCCCAGCUCAUAUAUCGUUUGAAUCCAACGCCCUGGGGACCUGGUCGACAGCUAGAGCCAGACUGGGCUUUAACGAUCACCACCCUGAACCUUGACAACCAAAGAAUUUCCAGGCUUAUCAAUCUGAGUAAGCUUGAGAACCUGCGCUGGGCCUCCUUCAAUGAUAACAACAUCGCUAAUGUGGAUGGUAUUGAUAGCUGCCUGAAGCUGGAGGAACUUUCUCUGGAUAACAACCACAUCAGAAGUAUUGAUGGCCUGGCAAGACUGCGUCACCUGCAUAAACUGAGUUUGGAUGGGAAUCAGCUGUCAAGUCUGGAUGCCUCAGUUCUAGGCCAAUUGCACAAUCUGACCUUUCUGUCUGUGGAGAACAACUGCAUCACUUCCAUGCACGGCAUCCAGAUAGUUCAAUCUCUCCUUGAACUCUUUAUUGGAUACAACCAGAUUUCCACAUCCAAAGACUUAUUCUGUCUCAAAGGAUUGGCAAAUCUCAUUAUUCUAGAUCUCUGUGGGAAUCCUUUGGUGGAGAAAUUGGAAAACUAUCGAAUAUAUGUAGUAUUUCAUCUGCCCUCCCUUAAAGUUCUGGAUGGCUUUGUAGUGGAAGUAAGCGAGUGUGACAGUGCAAAGACUAUGUUUAGAGGAAGACUAACCACCGACACACUAGCAGAGAAGCUUGGCCACUCAAACUACACAGAAAUCACUAACUUAAAUCUUCAGUCCUGCUGCAUCAGGAUGAUUGAUCUCACUCCCAUAGACCUCUUCUGCAACCUUCGCAGUGUCAACUUAGACCACAACAACCUCACAUGCUUCUCAAGCCUCAUCAACCUGCCUAGUAUCAAAACUCUCCAUCUGAACCACAACUACAUUAAGUCUAUUCUGCCCAGCCACACUCAGGGUCACCUAACAAAAAAGCAGAUGCUGCACAGCAAAGUCCAGUCCAGUGGCUAUGGCCAACAGAACCAAAUCAGGGUUAACGGGGAUACAGGGCCCACUGGCAGCCUGGAGCCACUGAUGGGAAGCCUGGAAGAGCUUCAUUUGAGUCACAAUGGCAUCUCCAAUAUGGCCAAUCUGCAGCUCAGCAGGCUCACCAAUCUUAAAACACUCUUCCUCCAAGGCAAUGAAAUCAGCCAAGUGGAAGGCUUGGACGGGCUUCACGAGCUCAGACGCCUUGUGUUAGAUAAAAACCGCAUUAAAGCGUUGACCAAGAACUCCUUCACAGCCCAGAGUCUCCUAGUAGAACUACAUCUCACCCAGAACCAAAUCCGGGAACUAAAUCAUCUUGAUCCGCUGAAUGAUCUCCGCAAGCUCUUCCUUUCCAGGAACAAACUGCAGGACAUCAAAGAGCUUGAAAAAUUAGAAGUUCUCCCCUCACUGACAGAGCUCUCAGUAUCUGACAAUCCUGUUGCACAAAACCCUCUCUACAGAUCAGCAGUGGUGCGCUGUCUGUCUCAAUUGCUGGUCCUCGAUAAAGUGUUGAUAACUCACCAGACCAGGGCUGAACUACUCAGUGCAGAUCUAUCUCAAAGCCCUGAGCAGCCGGGAGCAUCUCUUCCUACCACUGGACUGCCACCCAUCUUGCCUCACUAUAGCACUCCAGGAGGAAUGAGUAUAAUUGGUGGACUACAGAACACCAUGCAUGGCCAAUAUGCCCUGCCAAGCCAGCCAGGAGAUAUUCUCUCCAUCGUGUCUUGGGUAUGCCCUGCAGGCUCCUCCUGGUUGCCCAAAACACCUCCUGAGGGAGAUAUCCAGGCGGCAUGCUCACCAUAUGCCCAGACCACUUCUGUUGGAUCCUCUUGA